GAUUGUGUGGUGAUGACGCACGCUUUGGUACGGACUAAGGGUCCAAGUAUGAUUACUUUGCUUAUGUUUUUACAACUGUUCAUCGAAGGUAUUCACGGUUUAAAGAUGUGCGAUUUGGAUGUACCUGGUGCUGUAAUUGCAGGUAAAUCCGUAUGGCUUAGGUGCGGUUACGACUUAGAAGAAGACGAGUUAUAUUCGGUAAAGUGGUACAAGAAUAAUGUGGAGUUUUAUCGUUAUCUUCCAAGUGACGUUCCGCCAGGUCAGAAGUACGAUCUCCUGGGAGUUUACGUUGACGAUCAUAAUCCACGUGAUUUUUGGUUUCGAGGAUAUUUAAAAAAUAUGUUUUAUCGAGGACAUGUUACAAAUUUGACAGCUUUGAAAGAGUAUCGCACUGCAUGUGAGAAGCAUCACAUAGGAUCAAUUACGGUCACCAUUAAACACAUUCAUUGUUCAUCGCCGUCAGGUUUCACACCUCCAGAAUGGAGACCACAUUGA